UUGUAUUAUUUUUAACCAUGUUUAAUGAAAUCGAAAUUAUGGGGAAAGGUUACCUCCCCUUCCUCUUAUUUUGCCCGCCCAGAUUAUUUGUCCCGACCGCCCAUGAGAAAAUGAGUUACGAACGUGUACACAUAGUUCUUUCCUUGAGAGACACCGUGGCUUGCAAACGAGCGAAUCAUCGCAGUUGCUCAGUGUUUGGAUGUACAAAACCUCUAAAAAACUGCGAUGCCUUUAGAGACCGUAGCACUCAUCGCAACGCCACCUCAGAGAUUCUGGGUGUGGACGCCCCUGGCUCCUCCCACAUGUGCAGCCACAGUGAGGAGCUGAAGAUUCUGAGCGUCUACGGAAAAGGGGAGGGCCCACUGGCGGUGGACGGCCAUGACACCCUCUUCACCGGGUCAGAAGUGGAGGCCCUGAACUCGCUGUCUGCGGACCACAGCGUGGCCAAGAGCCUGGAGCGCGGCGAGCGGCUGGUCUGCCGCGAGGAGCUGAGUGUGCAGCAGACCCCAGACACCAUUUCAAUCAAGGUUGAAGAGGAUAUUGGUGGAGGCAUGCCUGCUGUAGAAGACAAUGACAUCAGAGACUGCAGCACGCAGCGCGGCGCCACCUCGGAGAGUCUGCGUGUGGACGCCCCUGGCUCCUCCCACAUGUCAAGUCACAGCGGGGAGCUGCGAAUCCUGAGCGUCUACGGACAAGGGGAGGGCCCACUGGCGGUGGACGGCCAUGACACCCUCUUUGCCGCGUCAGAACUGGAGGCCUUGAGCUCGCUGUCCGCUGACCACAGCGUGGCCAAGAGCCUGAACUGCAGCGUGAGGCUCGUCCCCCUUGAGGAGCUGACUGGGCAUCGGGCCGGCCGCAAGGGCCGGCCCGGUGUCUUGUGUGGAAAGGUUAUUCCCAACAAUGCCAAUAUGAUCGUCCACAUGAGGACUCACUCCGGCGAGAAGCCCUACAGGUGUGACCAAUGCAUGAAGUGCUUCAGUCUGAAAGGCAACCUGAAUAGCCACAUGAGAACUCACUCCGGCGAGAAGCCCUACAAGUGUGACCAAUGCACGAAGCGCUUCAGUCAUGGCUGCAGCCUGAAGAACCACCUGAGGACUCACUCCGGGGAGAAGCCCUACAAGUGUGACCAAUGCACGAUGCGCUUCAGUCAGAAAGGCCACCUGAAGAUCCACAUGAGGACUCACUCCGGGGAGAAGCCCUACGGGUGCGACCAAUGCAUCAAGCGCUACAGUCAGAAAGGCAAGCUGAACAUCCACAUGAGGAUUCACUCCGGUUAGACGCCCUACCUGUUAGUGCAUUGCAACGCCAGCUACAGCGACCCAAGCAAUUUGAGUGUGCACAUGCUCAAGGACACGGGCAAUGGGGUAAUUUCACACAGGGUAACGGGGCGCUUUGAUUGAGAGCUCUGUCCGGUAUUUGUCGAAAUUACUGCUUUUAGUUUUUCUUUUCAUCAGGAUUAAACACUUUCCAGCUUUUGAUUCGCUUUGUUUUGCUUUGUUUUAAUUUUAGUAAUUCAUGUCUGUGUGAUAAAGAACUUAUUUCUCUGACUCUUCUAACAGAAAAAUAUUAGGAAACGUUCACAUCGUUGGUAAAUACAAAGGAAACUUGUGAGGGGAGUAUACCACGAACCUCGCUGAACAUACCCAGGCUUUCUUGGGAAAACCUGGUUCGACAGAGACGCAACUCGCAGUCAGAGUUAAAUGGUUCCACGACACUCACUUUAGAUUA